AUGUUCCUAUGGCGAUCGGAAACGAGAAAAGAUGGUCAAUCCCCCGGAUCUUCGGCCACUCGAACCGAUUCUGGAAGAACAGGAGACCCGCUAAUCGCCAGAGACCAUACCGAGGAGGAUUUCAACCGCGAUGAAGCAUCCCAGGCGAUGGGAUUUAUCAAGGCGCUCUCACCCCCGUCGGAGACAUCCCCCGAUCGACCAUCGAUCUCAUCUCUCAAUUACUUUCUAGAUGACUCGGACAUCCCUAUCCCUGACGAUAUUGACGUUUCAGUUCGACCGCCCCAGCAGAUUGCCGAUAAGCUCGUCGAAAGCUAUUUCCAAACCAUUCAUCCUGAUUUCCCCAUCAUCGGCAAGGAGAUUUUUCUCAGCCAAUACCGGUCCUUCUACACGAAUUCUAACGUGCGACCCGGGAAGCGAUGGACAGCCGUGCUCAACCUCGUGUUUGCCAUCGCAGCAAAACACUCCCAUCUGCUUCAAAGUCAUCCCCAGGGGAACUAUACUGAUCACUUGGCCUACUUUGCUCGGGCAUGGCGAUUAGGCGUGGGCAGCGUCGUGUUGUUAGACCAUCCAAACCUUCAGCAGGUGCAGGUAGAGGGUCUAGCCGCAUUUUACCUCUUGUCGACGGGACAGGUAAACAGGUCCUGGAGUAUCAUCGGGACAGCGAUUCGCUCAGCAGUGGCUAUGGGACUCAAUCUCCGUAGCGAGACGGAAAGUGUUGCCCAUCUAUCAAAGGAAACUCGAUACCGCGUGUGGUGGGCAUUAUUUGCGUUGGAUACUGUGCUAUGCGUGAUGACAGGGCGGCCCCCCAGCACCGGCGACAUCUUUUGCACCACGCCCCUUCCCGUUCCAUAUCGCGAAGAGGACUUUUGGGAUGAAGGAGUAACUCAGUUUAUCACCAACUACAAAGCCCGGGUCAAUUUGUUAGCCUCUCUUCUCACCUCCUCCGAUCCCAUCACCCCUGGGUCUAGCGUGGCCUCUUCGGUAACCGUGUCGUCAGGCACAGGCGCCGAGCAAACGCCCCAGCCGAUAGCGGAACCCCUAUCACCAAAUAUCUCCCUUUAUUUUCUUUAUGUGGUAGAUUUGGCGACUUUAAUGCGGGAGGCAAUCGAAACCUUGUACGCACCCGGGGCAGGGACACGGCGGUCGUGGUUGGAGAUGGAAGUGGCAAUCUCUAACUUCAACACCACUGCUGACAAUUGGCUCUCCCGUCUUCCAGCGGAGUUUCAGUUCGGCGACUUCGACAAUGCGCGUCCUCUCAUCCGCCAGCGCGUCAGCCUAGCUUUCCACUUCUACACCACUAAGCUUGUUAUCUCGCAACCGUGUCUCCGCCGUCUAGCACAUCAAGUCCUCGGCACACCCUCCCCGAGCUCCGUGUGUGAUAUAAUGGCAACAACGUGCGUGGAAUCUGCGCAGCAGAUGUUAGACAUCCUACCCGAGGAACCCGACGUCAACUGGUUAUAUGAGGCUUCGCCCUGGUGGUGUGUUCUCCACUACGUCAUGCAAUCCGCAACGGUUAUCCUUGUUGAGCUCUUCGCCAGAACUCUACCCGGAACCCCCGAGGCUAUCGGGCUCGCGGAGAAGGUUCGGAAGGCUGUCCACUGGCUCUAUGCCAUGUCGGGCAGAGAUCCUUCUGCACACCGAGCCUGGCUUGUCUGUAUGGACAUCCUUUCUCGGCAUGGACCGAAAUUCUCCCUGGAAAUUGACUUCGAUUUCUAG